AUGGCCGAGACGAGAUCUUUCACUCUGGAUGAGCCUCCUGUAGACUCGUCCAACUUGGUGGAAAAGCAAGAUGGUACCGAGAUCAGUGCCUCCAGCGAUGAUACAGAUCUCAAGCGCCAAUAUCCUUCGGGCCUGGCUGUCACUCUUAUCCUGACAUCAGUGACUCUGGCAUAUUUCCUAUUCUUCCUUGAUCUUGCUGUGAUUUCCACGGCUACUCCGGCCAUUACCUCCGAAUUUGACUCGUUGGUGGAUGUCGGGUGGUAUGGCGGCGCCUACCAGCUUGGAAGUGCAGCAUUUCAGCCCUUAAGCGGCAAGAUUUACAGCCGGUUUUCUAUUAAGUGGACCUUUCUCGCCUUCUUUGUAAUCUUCGAAGUCGGAUCUGCUAUAUGCGGAGCAGCGCAUUCGUCGGCCAUGUUCAUUGUCGGCCGUGUUAUCGCGGGUAUUGGGUCUGCUGGGGUGGCCAACGGUGCAGUAACAACCAUCUCCGCCGUCCUCCCGACACAGAAACAGGCGCUUUUUAUGGGACUCAAUAUGGGUAUGGGCCAGGUGGGCCUUGCAACGGGGCCUAUUAUUGGAGGCGCGUUUACUACGAAUAUAUCCUGGCGGUGGUGUUUUUACAUUAACCUCCCUUUGGGUGUUAUCGUCGGCGGCUUCCUUCUCUUCAACACAGUCCUCGAGCCGAAGCCCAAGGAUCCGCCUCUACAGAUUCUUAGUUCUGUUAUCAAAUCUCUAGAUCUCCCAGGGUUCAUGCUUAUUUGCCCGGCCGUCGUCAUGUUCCUUUUAGGGCUCCAGUUUGGCGGUAACGAAUAUGCCUGGGAUAGCUCAGUUGUGAUAGGCUUGCUAGUCGGCGCUGGCGCCAACUUUGUUGUCUUCCUUAUCUGGGAGUGGCACCAAGGGGAUAAUGCUAUGGUGCCACUUGCUAUGCUCAAACACAGAGUUAUUUGGUCGGCCGCAAUGACAAUGUUCUUCAGCUUGUCUAGUGUUCUUGUUGCUGAUUUCUACAUUGCAAUCUAUUUUCAGGCAAUCCACGAUGACACACCCCUAAUGAGUGGUGUUCACAUGCUCCCAAUCACCCUCGGUAUCGUUCUAUUUACUAUGGUCUCAGGCACCCUAAGUAAUUUCCGUUUUGGGCUACUAUCUCCCAUUUCUUCUUGCGGGGGUGUGAUAUCAUCCAUUGGCUACGGACUCUUAUCAACAUUGGAUGCUACGACUCCGGUUGCAAAAUGGAUUGGGUACCAAGUUCUCUACGGUGUUGGAAGCGGUUGCACGACUGCGGCCCCUUAUAUCGCCAUACAAAGCCUCGUGGCUCCAGAGCAAAUUCCCCUCGCUAUGGCCAUUAUCAUCUUCGCGCAAAAUAUAGGUGCCGCCACCUCUCUGAUUGCUGCAAACGCUAUCUUUAGCAAUAGCCUUCGUUCGGAGCUUCAAAAACGCGCAUCACAAAUUAGCGUUUCUCCAGACGCCAUUAUCAAUGCUGGAGUCCGCUCUAUCCGUGGCCUGGUGUCUGGCUCCGAGCUGACCGCUGUGCUCGCCGCCUACGCUAAAAGCAUCGACAAAGUCAUGUACCUCGGUAUUGCUGUUAGCGUCGCUGUGUUAGUAUUUUCUCCGGGACUUGGAUGGAAGGAUAUCCGGAAGGUCAAGCUUCAGGUCAUUACGGACAAGUCUCCUGAUAGCGGGGAUAAAGAUUCGGCAGUGGUUGGCGAAAAGUAG